AUGGCUUCCGGAUUCUCCAUUCUCACCGGAACCUUCGACAAAUCUCAGUGGGUUCUUCAAAUCAACAAUUUAGUAGACCAAAAUGCCCUCCUCGACGCCACUCAGACCCCCAUUUCCGUCUUCCGGCUCCCUGAAUCCGUCCACGAUGGCGACCCCACGGCGUACCUCCCACGCCAUGUUGCGUUCGGACCGUUCCACCAUUUCCAGCCAGAGCUUCACAAGAUGGAGUUGUUCAAACUUGGCAAAGCCAAGAAUCUGAAAUGGGGUCCCCAAAUCCAUAAGCUCGCAGAUCGGCUUACGCCAUUAGAGCUCAAAAUGCGAGCUUGUUUUGAUCAAGCCCUUGAAAUUAAUGGUGAAACCUUAUCAUGGGUACUUCUAAUUGAUGGUUUGUUUUUAAUUUACCUACUUCAAAAUAAGUAUAUGAAUUGUCCCCUUCGGUUCCCUUCAGAGAUAUUUUAUGGGAAGUUAUGGUCUGAGUUUGAGAUUGUUUGUGAUAUGGUGAAGCUUGAGAAUCAGAUUCCAUUAUUUGUUCUUAAUGAAAUCUGCCCCAAAGAACCCAUCAACUUCUUGGCUCCUUUUCUGUACCAAUUUUGUGUAUCUGUUUCCCCAUUUCCAUUGCCCCGUUUUAACCCUCAGUUGGAAUGUUUUGGAUUCUCUUCUUAUUUGCCUGAAAUCUUCGAUUUGUCUCAUCAUUUACUACAUUUUCUCUAUUCUCUGAUUUUACUUAUUCCCGAUGAGAGGGUGGUAAUUAUGCUUUUUGGUUUACGAUUGGAUAAUUCUUCUUCUUCUUCUGUUGAAUUUCUUAGCGAGAGCUUGGACAUUUUGGGCUCUGUUAUUAACAUAGCCUUCAUUCAACAAAUCAAAGAGACCAUUGGUUUAAUCCAACGCUUGUUAAGACUUUUGAGCUCUAUAACUAAACCAAAUUUGGCUGAGAAAACCCCCCCUUUAAUUAUACCUUCUGCAUCACACUUGAAAUCUGCUGGAUUCACUUUCAAAUCCACCAAAAAUGGCAUCCUGAAGAGUUAUUUUGAUGAGACAACACUCACUUUAACAUUGCCUUGUAUCCAUCUUCAUGGGUUCACUCAUGUCUUGCUCAAGAAUCUAGUGGCAUUUGAAUCAAUGGCAGAGCUGAAUCCGCCUUGUUUGGCUAAUUACACUGCGCUGAUGAAUGGAUUGUUGAGAAAUUCCAAAGACUUGAAGGUUUUGGAGAAAGCAGAGAUUGUUCAUAACCAUUUGAACAGUGAAGAAGAGGCUGCAGAGUUGUUUUAUGGGGUUGAGAACUCAACCAGGAGAUUGAAGAAAGAAAGCCUCUUGGAAAUCCAUCUCAAGGGUGGUUUUAAUUUUGAGAAUGGAAGUAACUUCAUUCAAGAAGUCGAAAGCAGCUAUGAAAUGGGGUUGGGGAACAUGGUCGAGAGGAUCAACAACUGUUAUGGUAAUUGCUGGAGAAUGAAGAUGAAGAAGGUUGUGUCUGUUGUAUUCAAGUGUUUUGCUGUUCUCAUCGUUGUCUUCCUCAUCGUUCUUGUCACUACUAGAUUUGUUUGCAAUUUCAUGAGCUGCCCUUUGGGGACGUUUAUGACUACCACUGCUCUUCACCAAAUGUUAUGA